UCCUGCCAAGUUCUCAAAUGUGAUUUCUGAGAGCGGGAAGAAUCAUGGGAAGAGCAAAGUGGCCCUAAACAGCGUCUGUUCGCUCAGUCAGUUUCCUACAGCGUUACUGAAUGUCCAGGGCCGCCAGUUCAACCAGUGGAUAUGGAUACAGCAGUGAACCAAACCAACGGUGGAAAACUUAGCAUUAGCAUUAGCUCUUCCUAAGUAGUCAGUUAUAACGUUAGCUAACACUGACUCUCAAGGCUCAGGUAAGGCGUCCCUGUGAAGCAGGCACAGAAGAACAUGGCUGCAUCCCCAGUGGAGUACACCAUUGGAGGGGUGAAGAUCCACUUCCCCUGCAAGGCAUACCCAUCCCAGCUGGCAAUGAUGAAUUCAAUCAUACGAGGGCUGAACUCUGGGCAGCACUGUCUGCUGGAGAGUCCAACAGGAAGCGGAAAGAGCUUGGCCUUGCUGUGCUCGGCCCUGGGCUGGCAACGAGCUCAGUUUGCCAAAGUGCAAGAAGAAGUGAGCCAGGCAGAUAAAAACUGUGGAGACUAUAAGAAGUCAGACGUCACCACCCCCUGUCAGUGUGUGUGCCACAGCAGAGCCAACAGGACCGCAGCUACAGCAGCUACAGCAGCUACAGCAGCUAUGCAGCUACAGCAGCUACAGCAGCUACAGCAGCCAGACCUGCUGUCGUGGACCUCACUGUGUCUCCCUGCAAAGAGACGGCACAGCCAAAACCGCCGCCGUCGCCAGGACCCGAACAUAUGCCGUUACCAAAGGAAUCGCAGCCCCAGAAACAGUCUAUAGCCUCCCGUCUGUCUGAGAAGUUCCAGGCCUCCCUCAGCUCUGACCGCGAGAAAGACGACGACUUCCAGCCAGAUAGGAAACGCAUUCGCACUGCCGAGCACAAGAGCCGUAAAAGGCAGCGCCUGGAGCAGGGAGUAAUAUUCAUAGAUGAUGAGCCGGAGCUGGAAAAUGAGGCGCCAGGUCUUCAGAGUUGGACGAUGGAGGCAAAUGGCCAGGCAGCAGCUGGGUUGUUCUCAUCAUGCUGCUCCACUGAAACCUGCUCCCUGUGCCCGUGUGCUUCAACCAAAGACAGCACUAAGGACAAGGACAGAGAUGGCAAAAAGAAUAUACCUAAGAUCUUCUUUGGCACUCGCACUCACAAGCAGAUAACGCAGAUCGCCCACGAGCUGAAGCGCACCGUUUACUCCGGCGUACCCAUGAGCAUCUUAUCCAGCAGAGAUCACACCUGUGUCAACCCGGAGGUAGCACCUCACUUCAACCGCAAUGAACGCUGCAAGGAACUGCUGGAGGGCAAAGAUGGCAGGUCAUGCCGCUACUACCAUGGUGUCCAGAGGAUGCGGGACCAGUACACACUACAGCAUGUCCACGGACUCAAUAAAGCCUGGGACAUCGAGGACCUGGUGGCACUGGGAAGACGGCUCCGGUCCUGCUCAUAUUAUGCUGCGCGUGAACUCCGGCAGGAGGCCUCUAUCAUCUUCUGCCCGUACAACUACCUGCUGGACCCAAUGAUCAGAGAGAGUAUGGAGAUCGACCUGGCAGGCCAGAUCCUGGUGCUGGAUGAGGCCCACAACAUUGAGGACUGUGCAAGGGAGAGUGCCAGCUUCACUUUAGACCACAACAGUCUGCUGAUGUCCAAGGAUGAGCUCGACGGCAUGGUGAACAGCAACAUCAGGCGAUCCAAACACGAACCCCUCAGAGACUUCUGCUAUAGCCUGAUCAACUGGAUCCAGGAGAGCCAAGGCCUGAUGUCUGAACGGGGAUAUGAGAGUGCAUGUAAAGUCUGGAGUGGGAAGGAUAUACUGGGCAUCUUUCACAGCCUGGGUAUCACUGCUGCCACCUUUGGCAUUCUGAAGCAAAACCUGGCCGCAGUGUUGGAGAAAGAGGAGCGUAAUGGCUUGGUUAAUGGUAAAGAGGAUAUGGUGCAGAUCCCAACCAUCAGCUCAACUACCUCCACUGUACUCAAAGGCCUCUUCAUGGUGCUGGACUUCCUCUACAGAGACAACUGCAGGUUUUCUGAAGACUACCGGGUAGCUCUGCAGAAGAGCUACGAAUGGACGAAACAGGUCCCACCUGAUGUCCCUGAUGCCCAGGGCUUUAUUGUCCGGCCAUGGCGGAGACAACGCCAGGGCGUCUCAGUGAAGAAAGAAGUCCUGAAACUCAGCUUCUGGUGCCUCAACCCUGCUGUGGCUUUCUCUGACUUGAGUGGCUCAGUGCAAAGCAUUGUGCUUACAUCGGGAACACUGUCACCCAUGGGCUCCUUCUCCUCUGAACUUGGGGUGAAGUUCUCCAUCCAGCUGGAGGCCAACCAUGUUAUCAACAAGUCCCAGGUUUGGGUAGGCACUGUUGGCGCAGGACCCCAAGGCAGAAAACUCUGUGCCACCUUCCAGCAUACCGAAACGUAUGCCUUCCAGGACGAGGUGGGUGCGCUGCUACUCCAUGUCUGCCAGGUCGUGGCCAAGGGUGUGCUCUGCUUUUUGCCUUCUUACAAGAUGCUGGACAAGCUGCGAGACAGAUGGACCAAGACUGGUCUGUGGGAGAAGCUAGAGCAACAGAAAGCUGUGAUCACAGAGCCCCGCGGUGGUGGCAAAGGGGAUUUUGAUGAUCUGCUUCAGACGUACUACGAUGCCAUCAAAUACUGUGAUGACAGAGAUGGUGCACUGCUGAUAGCUGUCUGUAGGGGUAAAGUGAGUGAAGGACUAGAUUUCACAGAUGACAAUGCCAGGGCAGUGGUCACCAUUGGAAUUCCCUUCCCAAACAUCAAAGACCUCCAGGUGGAACUGAAGAUGAAGUACAAUGACCAGCACUGCAAGUCCAGAGGUCUUCUUCCAGGCCAUCGUUGGUAUGAGAUUCAGGCCUACAGAGCUCUAAACCAGGCCCUGGGGAGGUGCAUCCGCCACAGGAAUGACUGGGGUGCCCUAAUUCUAGUGGAUGACCGUUACAGGAAUAAUCCCAAUAAGUACAUCACAGGUCUGUCUAAAUGGGUCCGCCAGCUCGUCCAGCACCACGACACCUUCGGCAACGCCAUGCAGUCUCUGGUAGCAUUCUCUCAGGUGCAGCAGAAGAUGAUGGUGGCCCCUGCAGACACUCAGUCCCCCAGUUCUACUCUCUCCUCUCCAAACAGUCACUUGCCAGCAACUGUAGAGGGACAGGGUCUGUCCAAGGCCUCAGAAGCUCAAACACCCUCUUCAUCUGAUAAACCGCCUGAACCCCAGCAGGACACAAGCCCCUCCAUCUUCCGUUUUUUUUCUCGUACGCAGUUGAAAGCUGAACAAAAUGAGAAAGAAGAAUGUUUGAAGACGGUGCAGAGUCCUCCAGCACAGCCCCUGUUGCACCACAGAAGACCGGCACUCCCUCUGUACAGCAUUUUCACCCCCAGCCCCGUCAGCAACUUCAAGAAGCCAGUCUUUAUUAAAAAAGCACCCAGUAACCCCAGCCAGAAGUUGGCAGCUCCUCUUAAACAAGGGCCUCCAGACAGUUCCAGUGAAAUCACAGAGGAACCACACAAUCUGGCUCUGGAGCCUUCUUCAGUCACAACCCCUCCCAGAUGUGAAAGCGAUCCACCCUCAGCCGACAAUCCAGAAGAAGACAAAGAGGACGAGGACCAGACCGUCUUCUUUACUCCAGAACUUUUCGAGGGAGAAAGCAAUGAAGGCAGCCCAGAGAUAGAGGCCAAGUCUCCUCCCAGGAUGGGGAGCCCUGCCCUGCUGUCAGAAGAACUUUUUGGCUCUGAGCAGGCCCAAGGGCAGGGGCAAGCCCCUGCUGUUGAUGGACAGAGUGCUAUAUUAGUGAGUGAGGAGAGCACAGAGCUGUCACAGGGACUGAAAGAAGAAAUCAGAGGGCAGGAGCAAGGUGAGGAGGGAGAGCAGGUGGAUAACCAGAGCAGGCAGGCAGACAAUAAGCUUCGCAGGUUGUCCAGGUCCAGGCAGAAAGCUCCCUCCACUCCAACAGGUAACUAACAACCUGGGACCUAGAAAUGUUGUGAAAAAAGCAGAAUGUCUUGAAUGCAAAUAACAUGUUUAGUAUGCAUUAUGGUGGCCAAAGUUUUCCCACCAAAUAUUAGCAGUAGAUGGAUAUUGAAACAGAUUGCAGUGCAAUGUAAAACACCCUUCAGUUCAAACCAUUGCUGCUUUAUUUUUAUAUCGUAUAUUCAUGUUUCACAAUUCAUCUUGUAAAGAGUGUAAGUUACAGCUAGCCCACACACUCUUACCAUGCAGUACAUGAUGAGGCUUCAGCCAUCUCAGAUCAGCUUCUUAUUACUGUGACAGCACGUCUUAUUAAGGCCAUUAAGGCGGGUUCUCAGUUAAAAAGACACAGCCAUCCGACAUUAUUGAAAGUGCAGCACUGAUUGAAUGUGCAUUUUAACAAAUCAUUAAAAUAUGAAACCACAAACUAAUUUGUUUUCUGUAGAAGUAUGCAAUCAUUUAGUUCUAUUUUAAUGAUGUGUCUGUAGAUUAUGGGUGAGGAAUGUGGAUGCUUUAGACAUGCCUGAUUUAACCUAAAGGGUUAGAGAGACCUUUAUUUUUUUUCAAUUGCAAUUAUAUAAUUGUGUGCUGUAAAUGGUAUUAGUGUGUGGAUACACAUCUUUCAGGAUAAACAUCAAUAUAAAUUCUGUUAAUUAAAUGUUUGCCUUUCAUUGAUA